AGAGAAGAAGAGAAGAAGGAGGAGGAGGAGAGAGAAAGUGUCUUGCAGAGAUGGUGUGAAUCUAUCAAGACACACAAGGGUUAAAGUAAUGGGGAGGCCAAUCUAAGGCACAAAAAAGAGAAGGAGGAACAGUUGCUCUAAUUUUCUCCCUCCUCCACCCCUCUCAGGGGAAAUUUUUUUGAGCUUUAAAGCAAAAAGGAGAAGUGGGUUCUAGGAUCUAUUUGAUAGUAACUAGAACAGAGGGGUUAUUUGAUGAGGCAUAUUUGCAGCUGCAGCUGAAAUACUGACUUCCUCUUGCCUUCUGAAAACUCACAGAGUUGGGUAGCAGAGUUCACAAGAGAAGCUGGCAAGGAAACUCAAAGUUCAGGGGACAAAGGUGCUAGACCUUCCAGAACAGAAAUUGCUAGUGGAUAAUCUCAGGACUCAAAACAAAUAGACUCCCCUUUCAGCUUUAAAGCUUAUGAGUCAAACAGGGAGUCUACAGGUGUGGUGCCAGCACUGGGGCGGUGGGCCAAUGAUGCUUCCUAGGAUGACCUUCUUGAUCCUGUGUCUUCUGGCUGACUGGGGCUUGGCUGGUAUAGAUUCCCACAGGCCAAUUGAAGAUGUGAAACGUUACAUGAAUUAUCUGGAAACCAAUAGCUUCUCUCGGAAACUUGUGAACCUUCAAGAUGAACAAAGAGCUAUCCACACAUUGGAGAUUAAGCUGAAGGAGAUCGUCUUCCACACAAAGAAUGUCACCAUUGAAGUCGAUAAGAUCCAGGCUCUGGUCUACAAGCUCACCUGUAACUUCACCGGGUUGACAAUCAACAGUUCAUACUUGGAGAAGGCUAAAACCAAGCACUCCAUGCAGUUCCCUUCUGAGCUGACUCGGCACACCUGCAAAGCAAACCAGACAAUGCAGUUAAUCUGUAUCUACUUCAACAUGAACAGAUUCUUUCAGGAUGAUGACAAAAGUCUUCUGCUCAACAAUAACAUCCUAGGAGCCAGCUUGGUGAACCAUAGUGUGUCCAACUUGAAGCAGUAUGUAAACAUCAGCUUUUGGCACAAUGAAAGCCUGGACAGAUAUGAUUUGACAUGUGUCUUCUGGAAAGAAGGAGCAGGAAAAACUAGUUGGGGGGCCUGGAGCAGUGAGGGAUGCAAGACUGUCCUGGUGGGACCAUAUCAGGUCCUGUGCCACUGUGAUCACCUCACUUACUUUGCUGUCCUCAUGAAACUCUCAUCAACCAAGAUUAGCAAGGAGCUACUGGACCCACUCAACUACAUUUCCAUUGUGGGCUGUAGCCUGUCCACUGUGGCUUCUCUAUUCACCAUCCUAUUCCAGCUCUAUUCCAGGAAGAAGAGUGAUUCCACAACACAUAUCCACAUGAAUCUCCAUGUGUCUGUCAUCCUCUUGAAUGUCACCUUCUUGCUAAGCCCUUUCCUGACCUCACUGUCAGUAGGGUGUGUAGCCAUAGCUGCCCUGCUGCAUUAUUCCCUGCUAAGCUGCCUCACUUGGAUGGCCAUUGAGGGCUUCAACCUCUACAUGCUCCUUGUCCGAGUUUAUAACAUCUACAUCCGGAGAUACAUCCUCAAACUCUGUGUCCUAGGCUGGGGACUUCCUGCCAUCAUAGUGGUGCUCCUUCUCCUUGUGAAGAAUUCUGCAUAUGGAUACUAUGAAAUUCAAAUACAGAACAGCCUGCAGAAUGAUACCAGCCCUCAGAAUGCUUCCAUGUGUUGGAUCAAAUCAAGGGAAAUCCACUGGGUCUUUGUCAUGGGCUAUGCAGGUGUCACAACCCUCUUCAACCUGGUCGUCCUCAUCUGGGCAGUAAAGAUGCUCCGGGGCCUGCAUUCUCGGGAGAAGUGGGAAUCCCGACCCUGCCAGGACAUCACCACGGUCCUGGGUGUGAGCGUGCUGCUGGGCAUCACUUGGACCCUGGCCUUCUUCUCAUUCCAUCCCAUCCUGCUGCCUCAGCUCUUCCUUUUCACAAUCUUCAACUCUUUCUAUGGUUUCUUCCUCUUCCUGUGGUUCUGUGCCCAGAAGCGGCGCUCUAAUUUGAAGGCUGAGACCUCCAGCUCUUCACAGAUGACACGGACUGGGCCUCAGAACCACAAUUCUCCUAACAGAUCUCCCCAACCUUCCUCUCUCACCCGUUUUUUCAGUCGUUUCUGUCCACAAGGCACAAGGCACCAAGAUGGUGAGGUGGAGAAAGAUAUGGAAUGUCCAGGGACAUAAGGAGGAACAUCCCCCCAAGCCUAGGACUUGUGGCUUCCCUGGAAGCCAGAAAAUGGUCAGAAUCCUGAGCCCACACUCAGAGAGUUAAUUCUUGUCCUUGAUUUCCCUCUAAGCAAAGAGAGAUACAGACCACUGCCAGAGGCUUUUCAUUUUCCCCAUAGGACAUCUUUCUUCAGAGCAGGAUGGAAAGACCUAGCCAGAGGGUGUCUGAGCAUUGAUGCAGUGGUCUUUGGGGGGAAAUCAUGGCAAUGAAAUGGGAAAGAUCCCUGGCUUAGAGGGAAGAAGGCCUGAAGCCUAGCUUUGAUGCUCCCACUGAUUUACUAUGUUACCUUGGCUAAGUCACAGAGAUGCUAUGAGCUUUGUAUUUCUAAUUUGCCAAAUGAGGAUAAUACAACCUCUCAUGAAUGCUGGGAGGAGGAAAGAGGUAGUGUAUUGCAGUAGGAAAUGGGUUAGACCCUAGGAAAGUCAGGAAUGUUGGGUUUUAAUCUUAGCUUUAUGUGAUCCUGAGAAGUCACCUUCUUCAGGCCUCAGUUUAUCCAUAUGUAAAAAAGAUGACAUUCAACUAGAUCAUUUCUAGGGUCCUUUCUGGCAUUUGGGAAUCUUCUAACCCAGUUUAAUGACUUCUGUGUAAAUAACCCGGAGAAUAUAAAGCUCUGUAGAGACUUUUUUUUUUAAA